AUGGAGAUAUCCGGAACAGGCGGCUACAAGCGGUACAAGUUGUCCGAGGUAUACACAGUCGAUAACCUUGGAUUACCACAACAGACCAUGGAUUACGCAGAGCUUUCUAAACAAUUUGCGCACAUCCGUAAGCUUCCGGUGAAAAGCUUGAGUUCCGCUGUACCUGGUAUCUUGAUCGGGCAGAGUAACUGUCACCUAUUAGCUACGCUGAAACUGUGGGAGGGCAAACUCACCGAACCAAUUGCAGCGAAGACCAGGAUUGGGUGGACGGUGUGCGGAAGUCUACGGAAAACUCGAAUUCACCAACAACUACACAUAUCCGAGUCCACGGACGUUGAUCUCCACGAAUACGUUCAGCAAUUCUUCGACAUUGAGAGUUUGGGGGUAGCUGUUGUGCCUACUGUAAAAACCGAAGAGGAAGAGCGUGCGAAUAAGAUCCUGGAGGAAACUACGCGGCGUUUGGAUGGUGGAAAAUAUGAGACAGGUCUGCUCUGGAAACACGACUACGUGGAGUUUCCAGACAGUCGACCGAUGGCGGAACGACGCUUCAAGUGUUUGGAGAAACGGUUGGCUAGAAAUGCAGUAUUGUACGACAGCUUCCGGCAGCAAAUAUCGGACUUCAAGGAGGAGGGCUACAUACACGAAGCAACGAAAGAAGAAGUUGAAGGGUUCGACCAGCGGCGAACAUGGUUUUUGCCAAUUGGAGUCGUAGUCAACCACAAGAAAGGGAAGGUGCGAGCAAUCUGGGAUGCAGCGGCGAAAGUAGACGGCGUAUCUCUGAAUUCUAUGCUACUCAAGUGUCCGGAUCUACUGACUCCAUUAUUGUCCGUGAUGUUCCCCUACCGGGAGCGAGAAGUUGCAAUAUCAGCGGACAUAAAAGAAAUGUUUCUGCAGAUUAUGAUCCGCGAGCAGGAUCGGAGUGCUCUACUGUUUCCCUACAGGGACUCUCCAGAGCAGCCAAUGAAAACCAUGGUCAGCGACGUGGCAAUAUUUGGGGCGGCCUGCUCCCCUGCACAGUCGCAGUAUGUCAAAAACAAGAAUGCGGCAGAACAAGAAGCCGAAUUUCCGAAAGGAGCAGCCGCGGUGAAAAAGAGACACUAUGUGGACGACUAUGUGGAUAGUUUCGACACGGCAGAGGAAGCGUUGAAUGUUGCGAAGGAAGUCAUCGAGGUACACAAGCGAGCGGGGUUCCACAUCCGCAAUUGGAUGUCCAGUGAUAGCAAGGUUGUCGAGAACUUGGAAGAACCAAACCAGAAUCCGUCAAAAACUAUGCUGGCAGACAAGGAGAAGGAAUUUGAACGAGUCUUGGGAAUGGCGUGGAAUCAAGAAGAUGAUGUUUUCUUAUUUUCGCUGCAGCUUUGCGAGAAUGUGAGUUCCCUACUAGACAACGGCAAGAUUCCGACAAAAAGAGAAAUGCUCCGCUUGGUUAUGAGCAUCUACGACCCACUGGGAUUGAUAGCGUCGUUCGUGAUACACGGAAAAGUAAUCAUCCAGGAAGUAUGGCGGACUGAUGCAAGCUGGGAUAGCCAAAUCUCGGCGGACAUCGCUAUUCGCUGGAAGGAAUGGAUAGCAACGCUAAAGGAAAUGGAUAAACUGCGUAUCCCACGAUGUUACUUUCCAGGUUACGAUCCCGAAAGCUUCAAAAACUUGGAGCUACAUGUUUUUGUGGAUGCAAGUGAACAGGCUUUUGCGGCAGUUGCGUAUUUCCGUAUAACAGACAGAGGACAGAUAAGAGUCGCACUUGUAUCAUCCAAAACGAAGGUCGCACCACUUCGAGGGCUAUCAAUUCCUCGGCUGGAACUAAUGGCGGCUUUACUGGGAGCUCGCUUGCGGAGAACUGUGGAGGACAAUCAUUCGUUGAAGAUCAAAAAAACCUUUUUCUGGAGCGAUUCAUCCACCGUCUGCUCGUGGAUCAAAUCCGAUACACGUCGGUAUCGUCAAUUUGUCGCUUUUCGGGUUAACGAGAUUUUGGCCCUUUCCAGUGUUGAUGAAUGGCGGUGGAUUUCGACGAAAGUCAAUGUGGCAGACGAAGCCACGAAAUGGGGCAAAGGCCCAGCUUGUAGCAUCAACAGCCGGUGGUUCCAUGGACCCGAUUUCCUCUACAGCAGUGAAGCAGAUUGUUCGGCGGUUCCGGAAGAAGGUUUGGAUGAAAGCUACAGGGAGCUGCGAGAAGCGUACGUGUGCAGUCAUCUGGUCAGGAUACCCAUAGUUGAUACAGCAAGGUUUUCUCGAUUCGAAAGAAUGCUGCGUGCUGUGGCAUACGUCCAUUGUUUCGUUGAUAGUCUACGAGCGGUGAAAUACGGCAGACAUGGAAAUACCGUUGGAGUGUCAAGCGAAGAAAUACAGAAAGCAGAGCGGACGUUGUGGCAAAUUGCGCAGUCCGACGCGUUCCCGGACGAAGUUGCUGUAUUGAACAAGGAUGAUUUCCAAAACCUGGAACGAAAUGGAAACAAUCAGAAGCAAAUAGGAGCAUCCAGCAGUCUCCUGAAGCAGUCACCAUUCGCCGACAAGUACGGAGUGUUGCGGGUAGGAAGCAGAGCUGCUGCUUCACAGAUACUAGCCUACGAUACAAAGUUCCCCAUCAUUUUGCUUCGAAACCAUCGGAUUACUGCGUUGCUGUUGGAUUUCUACCAUCGGAAAUACGGCCAUGCCAACGAUGAAACAGUGGUCAAUGAGAUCCGUCAGAAAUUCCACGUUCCACGUUUACGCGUGGAAGUUCGCCUGGCACGGAAGCACUGCAUGUGGUGUCGUGUAUACAAGUCAACUCCUGUUGCUCCUAAAAUGGGACCACUACCAGCUGUACGAUUACAACCGUGUGUUCGCCCGUUUACGUUCGUAGGAGUCGACAUAUUCGGGCCGUAUCUGGUGAAGGUUGGACGAAGUGCAGCGAAACGAUGGGUGUGUCUCUUCACCUGCCUUUCCAUCCGUGCUGUUCAUCUCGAGGUGGUUAGCAGUUUGUCUACCGACUCCUGUAAGAAGGCGUUUAGAAGAUUUAUAGCUCGACGAGGAGCUCCUCAGGAAGUUUAUUCUGACAACGGUACGAACUUUGUUGGAACAAAUCGUGAUUUACAGGACGAAGUCAGCAAGAUCCACAACGAAUUGGGCAGCACUUUUACGAAUGCCAGGACCCAGUGGAAGUUUAAUCCACCUGCCGCUCCCCAUAUGGGGGGCUGUUGGGAGAGAAUGGUUCGUGCAGUAAAGACAGCACUUGGAGGCAUACCCACCGCGCGAAAGCUGGACGAUGAAUCGUUUGCAACUGUGUUGGCCGAAGCAGAGAGUAUGGUCAAUUCCCGGCCACUCACGUUUAUCCCGUUAGAAACGGCAGAUCACGAGUCGCUAACUCCAAAUCAUUUUUUGUUGCUAAGUUCGAACGGGGUACGGGAGCCAGAGAAGUUUUCAACGGAUGCAGGUAUGGCGCUGAGAAGCAGUUGGAAUAUGGUAAAGCAUACAUUAGACAACUUCUGGCGCCGGUGGGUGGUUGAAUAUCUGCCGACAAUAAUAAGACGAACUAAGUGGUUCAGAGAUGUUCAGCCGAUAAAAACAGGAGACCUGGUACUCAUAGUGGACGAAAACGUGAGGAACCGGUGGAUUCGCGGCCGAGUGAUACAAACGAUACCAGGAAAAGAUGGCGUUCCACGCAGAGCGGAAGUGAUGACAUCGGGAGGAGUUCUGAAGAGGCCCGUCACGAAGCUGGCUGUACUGGAUGUGAUGAGAACUGGUGACGCAGGACCGGAAGUCACGGCGACACGCGGGGGAGGAUGUUCACCGCACAGCCCCUCGUAUUGGGCUCUACCAUCGUGA